AUGCGCAAGCGGUGGCUAGUCCCGAUGCUUAUUGAAUCGAAGAAGUUGAAAAGAGUGUCGCAAAAGGUCAUCAUCAUCACCCAUGCGCAGCAAGAACUUAUGAACCAGCCGAGUCUCAACUUCAACGCCUAUUUAUUUGAAACAGCGUGGGACUUUGUAGGAAUGUACCCCCCUGGACCCGAAACUUUGCUCAUUUCUCGAUCCAACAUCCAGAUGGUUCGCAUGAUGGGUUAUACCGACUUCCCACGGGAAAACCGCAUCUUGUGCUGGAAAAGGAAGAGCGACUGCACUAGAAUCAUUGUCUUCAUUGACGUCGAGCAAGCACUGAGAUCACAAUGCAUUCAAGAACCUCUGGAAAAUCCUCAAGAAGGAUGGUGCUGGAUAGCAAAGCUGGAAAAGCCAUUCAACUUAGAGUGCGCCCAGAAGCUCUUGAUGACCAUGUGUAACAAGCAAAACAUGCCUCUUUUUGAGUUGCGAGACAAUCUAGGACAAAUUAUUCCAUGCCAUCAGAUUUUGAGCUAUUUGGACGACGUGCAGGCCCAACGCAGGCCUAGCGAGGGAGACGUUGUACCGGAGGCUAGCAUAAGGACUGUGGAUGUAAACGAACUCUUGUGA